AUGAGAAAAUGUCAUUAUGCUAAAAGAACAAAGAAUGGAGAAGACGUGCUUUUAGUUGAAGAACUGCGUAAAACAUUGAUUGCAUUAUGGCAGGGAACAAAGACUGCCAUAUCUCCAGAUUCUCUUUUUUCUGUUAUAUGGCAAGUUGUCCCUAGAUUUAGAGGUUACCAGCAACAAGAUGCCCAUGAAUUUAUGCGUUAUUUAUUAGAUCGUUUACACACUGAGUUACUCACACUUCUCCCAUAUCAAAAUGAUACUAGUCCAUUUAUAGGCACUAAGGGAAAGAGUACAAUUGUAACUGCUAUUUUUGGUGGUUUACUUCAGAAUGAGGUGAAUUGUUUGAUAUGUAACAUGGAGUCUAAGAAACAUGAUCCUUUUCUUGAUUUGUCUUUAGAUAUUCCUAUUCAAUAUUGUUCCAAAGCUCUAAAAUCUAAAGAAAGUGAAGGCAGAUGUAAACUAACUGAUUGUUUAAGCAGUUUUACAGAUAUUGAAGAACUAGAAGAAUCAGAACUUUAUAUGUGCAGCAACUGUAAAAAGAAACAACGUUCUACAAAGAAGUUUUGGAUUAGACGUUUACCUAAUGUAUUAUGUUUGCAUUUGAAGAGAUUCCGAUGGAACUCUGUUUUUAGGUCAAAAAUUGAGACUUUUGUAGAGUUCCCUCUUCGUGGACUUGAUAUGUACAAAUAUGUUUUGAACAAUUUACAUGAAACACGUGGUAGUUUUUCUGGUAGCAAUCUUUACGAUUUGGCAGCUGUUAUUGUUCAUCAUGGUUCUGGUGCUGGCUCUGGCCAUUAUACUUCAUAUGCCAUCCACAAAGGUGUUUGGUAUCACUUUAAUGACAGCACAGUAACUGUUUGUAAUGAAGAAACUGUGACACAGUGUAAAGCAUACAUUUUGUUUUAUGUUCGACGUGAAUUCAAGCUUCCUGAUAAUAUAAGUGUAAACAACAAAGCUGACAGUUAA